AAGAAAUAAUGGCGACGUUUGUGAAGUCCGAGUUUAUUUAUACUGGAAGAAAACGAAGAAACUCCAACAGCAAUAUUGUCACAAAGUUGACGACCAGUAAAAUUACUGGCAAGGGUUUCAGUCGAGGAACACAGCUCCCAGGAGGCCUGCUGCUGGAGCGAGAUAAACGUGCCAAGUGGCAUGGCAUCCCCGUUUUACUUCAGAAGCUGUACGAGAGCAGCCAUCCCAACAGUGACCUCUCCCACGCUCACAGCUUUCUCAAGGUAUUAUCGUCACAGCUCUCCAUGGAGGCCAUGUCCUUCGUCACAGAAGACAGGAAGACCGCUCAGGAAUCCACUUUCCCCAACACAUACACCUUUGACCUUUUUGGUGGAGUUGAUCUGCUGGUGGAAAUCCUGAUGAGACCCACACUAACUAUGCAGAAGAAAAUGCCUAAAACAGUGAACGAUGACUUGGUGAAAGACUGCCUUAGUGUUCUGUACAAUUGUUGUAUAUGUACUGAGGGGGUGACAAAGAGCCUGGCAGCGAGGGAUGACUUUGUUUUGUUUCUCUUCACCCUGAUGACAAACAAGAAGACCUUCCUGCAGACCGCCACUCUUAUUGAAGAUAUUCUAGGAGUUAAAAAGGAGAUGAUCCAGUUAGACGGGAUCCCCGACCUGUCAGACCUGGUCCAGAGCUUUGACCAGCAGCAGCUGGCCAACUUCUGUCGCAUCCUGUCCGUCACCAUUUCAGAACCUGACAUAGGAAAUGAUGACAAGCACACUUUAUUGGCCAAAAAUGUACAGCAGAAGCGCAACGCCAGUCCAUCUCGCGCUGAGGUCAACCAGGUAACUCUCCUGAACAUCCCUGAAUUCAUCGAGCGUCUGUGUAAACUGGCCACCAGGAAGGUGUCAGAGGCCACYGGGGCUAAUUUCCUGCAGGAGCUGGAGGACUGGUACACCUGGCUGGACAACGCUCUGGUUCUUGAUGCUCUCAUGCAGAUGGCCACAGAGGAGGCUGAGCAGAGCAACACAGAGUCAUCAGAUGAGAGUUCUCUGGCCACCAGCCCCCUGAGACAUCGACUGCCUCAGUCCAUGAAGAUUGUCCAUGAGAUCAUGUAUAAAGUGGAAGUGCUUUACGUUCUCUGUGUCCUUCUAAUGGGCCGACAGAGAAAUCAGGUCCACAAGAUGCUGGCUGAGUUCCGCCUCAUCCCGGGUCUCAAUAACCUGUUUGACAAACUCAUCUGGAGGAAAUACACGGCCUCCAAUCACGUGGUGCACGGCCAGAAUGAAAACUGCGACUGUAGUCCAGAAAUAUCCUUUAAAAUCCAGUUUUUGAGACUACUUCAGAGCUUCAGUGAUCACCACGAGAACAAGUACCUGCUCCUCAACAACCAGGAGCUGAACGAGCUGAGUGCCAUAUCCAUGAAGGCCAACAUCCCGGAGGUGGAAGCUCUGGUCAACACAGACAGAAGCUUAGUUUGUGAYGGUAAGAAGGGUCUCCUCACGCGUCUCCUCACUGUGAUGAAGAGGGAGCCUCACGACUCAUCCUUCAGGUUCUGGCAGGCGAGAGCGGUGGAAAGUUUUCUCAGAGGAGCAACAUCUUAUGCAGAUCAGAUGUUCCUUCUAAAGAGGGGGCUGUUAGAGCACAUCCUGUUCUGUAUCAUAGACAGUGGUUGUACGUCUCGAGAUGUCCUUCAGAGCUACUUCGACCUGCUCGGAGAACUCAUGAAGUUCAACAUCGACGCCUUCAAAAGAUUCAACAAAUACGUCAACACUCCAGAGAAGUUUCAGUCUUUCCUGACGCAGAUUAACAGCUCACUAGUGGACUCCAACAUGUUAGUGCGCUGCAUCGUCCUUUCUUUGGACCGGUUUGAGAGUCAAACUGAAGACGUCAAAGUGAUGGAGGUGCUCUCUGAGUGCUUCUUGUUGUCCUACGUGGCGAGAGUUGAGAACAGGCUGUCCUUCCUCUUCAGACUCGUCAAUAUCAUCAAUGUUCAAACUCUCACACAGGAGAACGUCAGCUGUUUAAACACCAGUUUGGUGAUCCUGAUGCUGGCCAGGAGAAAGGCUAAGCUGCCCUUCUAUCUAAACGCCCUGCGGGAGAAGGAGUACACUGAGAAGUACCCAGGCUGCCUGCUCAACAACUUUCACAACCUGCUGCGCUUCUGGCAGCGCCACUACCUCAACAAGGACAAAGACAGUACCUGUCUGGAGAACAGCUCCUGCAUCCCGUUCAGCUACUGGAAGGAGACGGUGUCGGUACUGCUGGGCUCAGACAGGACUUCUCGCUGUGCCAUAGUGAGUUACAUUGACGAGCCCUUCGUGGAUCUGGACAGAGACCUGCUGGAAGAUUGACCUCCACCUCGUGCGUUGGGGGGCGGGGCCAGGACGCCUACAGCUGAGGGGGUUCUGAGACCACGGGCUGGAUUUAAAGACUGUUUUCUGUCGGCACCUUCGCAUGAAGGCCAUCGUCCCAGCUGAGAGCAGACUAUGAAUUUGCCUGCCCGUGUUUUUUUUUUUCCACUAAGUUAACAUUCUCUUUUUUUCUUUCUGAAAGAAAGAGAAGGAGAACUUGUGUCCGACCUAAACGGUCUCACAGACACAUCAGACACUUUGAGAAACCUAAACCUGUAUCGAUGGUUUGCUUUAGGUGAACAGCAGAUAGAGCCUUUUAUAUAGCCUAUACAGAAUUCUAUAAAAAAAAUAUGUAUGAUUGAACAAAUAUAUGUAUGUAAAAGAUUGUUUCUGAGUGGACUUGAUUUGCAAAAUGACCACAGAUUGAGCCCAGGCGUGCAGGAUGUUGGGGCGUCACCAGCCUCUCUCUCUUCGCUCUAUGAUCUGUGGACUUCACGCCACGCCACUGCCUGACCCGAGGGGGGGACAUGUACCGUUAGAGACUUCACAGGAGCUUUCUUUAAAGCGUGUCACUUAACCUCGCCGUGGGUUUGUUUUGUUAAGUGGCUGCUGUUGGCUGGUGCUUUCUGGUUCUACUUGGCCCGUUUGUUUGGCAGCAGGUGCUGGAGGUCUCCAGGUGUUCCUCCUGCCUGAGUCUUCGUUCUGUUUUUACGCUUCAGAAGCUUAACCCAGGGACUCAUCUUUUCUCCAUUUUUUUUGUGUUGUUGAGAACAAUGGCUUUUAGCUCUGGAUGAACUGUAGAAUAAACUGUUGCACAGAAUAUUGUUUUUAUUGUUUAAUAUGUGUUUGUUCCUUCGUUCAUUAAAAAGGUUUUCAUUCUCUAACA